AUGUUUGCAGGUGCCCCUGCAGGUUCCAGUGCUGCUACUGGCAGCAAUCGGAGAAUUCAGCAGAUACAGAACCAUGUAGAUGAAGCUGUGGACAUAAUGAGAGUCAAUGUGGACAAAGUGCUAGAAAGAGAUCAGAAGCUCUCUAAGCUAGAUGACUGCGCAGAUGCAUUGCAGGCAGGAGCUUCUCAAUUUGAGACAAGUGCUGCCAAGUUGAAGAGAAAAUAUUGGUGGAAGAAUUGCAAGAUGUGGGCAAUAGGGAUCAGCGUUCUGGUCAUUAUCAUCGUUGUCAUCAUCGUGUGGAAUGUCUCUUAA